ACGCAGCUCAGCGAGUCGCUUCACUGAACCCCGUCUUUCCGUGACCCCGUGACGUUUCCUCCACAGGUCACGGAACAGACGCCGUAGUUCCGCUUCCCUUUGUCCGUGAAGAUGUCGCUGCUCCACAGCCUGAAGCUGCUCGUCAGCCGGCGGCUCUCCGCGGCGCUCGAGGAGGUCUUCGCCCACUUCGAGAGCACGAUGGCGGAGUACGAGGACGAAAUGGACCGGCUACGAUCCGCAGACGUCAAGCUGUUGGUGUUAAAGGGAGAAGUUCCCCCUGAGCAGCAGGAGAGGAGCUCCAGUCAGGACCAGGAGGACCCAGAGCCCCCCCACAUUACAGAGGACCAGGAGGACCCAGACCCCCCCCACAUUACAGAGGACCAGGAGGACCCAGACCCCCCCCACAUUACAGAGGACCAGGAGGACCCAGACCCCCCUCACAUUAAAGAGGAGCAGCUUCAAGGACUGGAGGAGGCUGACAUGAAGGUCUUCACUCCUGUGAAGAGUGAAGAUGAUGAAGAGGAAGCUCAGUCCUCACAGCUUCAUCAGAGACAAACUGAACAGAUGGAGACAGAAGGUGAUGGAGAGGACUGUGGAGGACCAGAACCAGACAGCAACUCCGGUCCAGAUACCGAUGAGGAGACUGAAGACUCUUCUGAACCCGACACUGAGGACAGUGAUGACUGGAAAACGGUUGUGGCCAAUGAGACACGGCUGCUGUGCGCAAAGCGCCGUCCUGCCGCCGGGUCCGAUCGACGCGAUUUUGGGGGGAAACGUGACUUUAAAGACCAUCGGCGGGAAACUGGACUUCAACUUCCUCAUCUGGAACUUCAAUGACGGAUCCAAAUCGAUCAACAUCGUCACCGCGAGCGCGUCGGGCGUGAAGGUGGGCACCGCCUUCACCGGGCGGGCGAGCCUGAACGUGACCAACGGGUACCUGACCAUCGGGCCGCUGAAGUCCGAGGACAGCGGGGACUACGCCAUCACCAUCAACCCUUCGGCGGGCGACACCGUGACCGGAGAAGUCCAACUUCGAGUUCUGAAGCCGGUGUCCGACGUCUCCAUCAAGUCCAGCCUGUCGGAGGCCAUCGAGCUCAACAGCACGGUGGUCCUGACCUGCUCCGCCAAAGGCUCCUUCCUCCAGUUCAGCUGGCUCAGGGGAGACGUGCCCAUCGUGGACGACGGCAAGCGCUUCACCGUGAAAAAUGGUGAACUGUCCAGUAAUUUGACCCUCAACGACGUCCUCAGGACCGACCAGGGUCCCAUCUACUGCACGGCCAGUAACCAGCUGCAGCUGGCGAGGAGCGCCCCCUUUAACCUCACUGUCUACUACGGACCAGAAGCAGUCGCCAUCAGUCCUCUGGCCCCUCUCUACAUCAGCUCCAAGGCCAACUUCAGCCUGUCGUGUUCGGCCGUCUCCAGCCCGUCCGCAGAUUUCCUGUGGUACCGGGACCAGCAGGAGAUCGGGUCUGGGGGUCCCAUCCUGACUCUGGGGGUCAUAAACUCUCUGGGGUUUGGGAACAAAACGGGUAACUACAUGUGUAAGGCCCAGAACAAGAAGACCCAGCGCACCGUCUCCUCGGCGGCCGUCGCCAUCGCUGUGAUCGAGCCCAUCCCUAGUGCUGAGGUCAGCGGUCCGGCCGCCAUCCUCAUCGCCGGCAACAGCACCGCCAACAUCAGCUGCCGGGCGACGGCCGGCAGCGCGGCGAGCACCACGUGGCUGAAGGACAAGCAGCCUCUGGCCGCCAGCGGCCGCCUGCUGUUCUCCGCCAACAUGAGCUGGUUGAGGAUCGACCCGCUGCAGAAGGAGGACAACGGGGAGUACACGUGCCGGCUGGAGAACGCCGUCAGCAGCGCCGAAGCCUCCUACAAGAUGGUGGUCAACUACGGUCCGGAGCAGGCGACCGUCACGGGCCAGAAGGCCGUCGAGGUCAACGACAAAGUGACGCUGGACUGCUCCGCCCCCUCCGUCCCCCCCGCCAUCUUCUCCUGGAAGUUUAACAACACGCUGACCGACGUCAAGACGGCCCGAUACCUGAUCGACAUGGCGCUCUACAAGAACACCGGCACGUACACGUGUGAGGCUUACAACGCCGUCACCGGAAAGACCACCGCGCAGAGCCACUUCCUGUCCGUCAAAGAGGAAGGCGCGCUGGAUAAAGGUCUCUCAGACGGAGCCAUUGCUGGAAUCGUCAUCGCCGUCCUCGUGGCCCUCGGCGCCGCCAUCGGCCUGAUCAUGUACUGCAGACAGAAAGUCCCGGUGGAGUCACCGUACUAAAGCCGCUGCUGCACGUAGGAGAUAUCGGCCCAAAACAUCUGAUUAUUAUCUUCUCCCAUGAUGCAUCUUUGCAGCCGUGAGGAGCGUGCAGUUGGAUUCAAAGCCGUCCCCCCUCCCCCCUACCACCCCCGCCCCCCCCCCCCCCCCCCCCCCCCCCCCCCCCUCGUCCCCUGCCAUAAUCAGAUUUCUCACACCUGUGGAUUAUCAGCUGGAAUCUUUCCUUUUUUUAUAGCUCUUUUUUGGCACCGUCUCCAUGAACUUGUCCAUCGUCAUCGUCAUCAUCAUCAUCAUCAUCAUCAUUGUCAUCUUCUUCUCCUCCUCUUCCUCCUGAUGUUUAACAAACAAUUUGUCCGGCUCCCACUCACUCAAAAGCACAAGAAACUGUGCGACAGACGUUUCACGAUGAGAGAAACUUUAUCCAGCUGGAAACCCGAGAAGGAAAUUCACACACACACACACACACUCACACACACACACACAGACACACACAGACACACACACA